GGAAACGCGCGGGCCGGGGCCGCCGGGAGCGGGGCCGGUUUGAACGUUCGGCCGCCGCCGCCGCCUCCCCCCGCCGUGGCCGCGACCCGCAGCCCCCCGAGGUAACGGGGCAGGGCCCGCGGGGCCCGGCGGGACAGGGAGGGCUGCCGGGGACGCUGGAGUGCGCCCCGGGCCGGGGCACGGCCGGGGGCACGGCCGCGGGCCGGGGCUGAGCGCCGGGAAGGGCCCCGGGGCGGGCCGGGGUGUGCGGCUCCGGCGGCACGGAACGCGUUCAUUGCUGGAAUGUGCCAGGAAAGGUCCCGCUCCGCCGGGGAACGAACGGCGCGGGAGCGGAGAGCGCUGCUCUGUGCGGUGCUGCUUCCCGAAGAACGGUCCUGACAGCUUCUUGCUUCUGUUACUUAUUAAUUUGUGUGCUUUCAACAUGAGCAGUGAAGAUGAAAUAAAGGAAAAACUGGAUGCGGAAUUAGAUCGCUGUAUCGUGGCUAUGAAGCCCUAUGUCCUUAACCUGCAGAAUAGUUCAGAAAGAGUAAGAUGCUCACUAUGGAUUAAAAAACUCUGCAAACCUUCAGCAGCAGGCAUAGGAAUAGUGGGAAGGGAGAACCGAAACUUGUAUGCAAAACUGCUGCUCCACAUGCUGCAGAGAGGAGUUCUGAACGGGCCCUUCAACCAGAAACCAGAGGAAGGAAUGCUGAAAACUUUGCCUGCCUACAUGUCAGUUUAUUUUGAUGAACCAAGUUCACCAAGAGUUCGGAGCAGCCCUGCUUGCUGCUUAUCUGAGUGGGCAAGAGACCUGGGAAACCAUGACAGCAAUGUAUCCUCUGUGGAGGACUCAUCUUCAGGAACAGUUCCUGCACAUGGGGAAAGACUCAGUGAGAAGCCAUCAGUAAUAUCCCGUUGUCUGAGCUCUCCUCACCGGACAGAUGAAGAUGACCUAGGCACGUCACUGUCUGAUGAUCAACACAAAAGAAAGUUUUCAUUUGAUGAUGAUGACCUCGAAGCACGGCUCAAUAGUUGGAAUCUUGGGUUAGAAAACCCCAGAUACCUGCGAGAGAAACGGGUGCCAAUGACUGUGAUGACACCUAAAAUUGACUUUGGGCAGAGCAGCCCCUCUCGGUACCACCAGGCACUGCUUGAAAUGCAGGAGAAAGAGCUGGAAAUGAAAAUGAAAAUAGCAGAAGGUAAAUUUCAUGAAGAAAAACUGAAAUUACAACAGAAGCAUGAUGCUGAUGUUCAAAAGAUUUUGGAUAGAAAGAAUGAUGAAAUAGAUGUGCUGAAGUCCAACUACCUAAAGAAACAAAAAGAGUCUGAGGAGAUGAUAAGAAAACUGGAGAAAAAAGUUCAGACCCUUGUUCGUGAGUCCCAGGUCGUGAGGGAAGCCAAGGAGCAGCAAAUUGCAGAGCUGAAGAAGAUGUGUGAGCAAAGCAAUGAUUGCCUGAACAAUGAGUGGGAGAAAAGGCUCCACGACACCGUGGCUGAGAUGGAGAAGGAGAAGUUCAACAUCCGGAAGAAGCACACGGAGGACAUGCAGGAGCUGCUGGAGGAGACCAACACCCGGCUGGCCAAGAUGGAGGAGGAGUAUCUGCAGCAGACACAGUCAACUAACGAGACAGUCCAAAAGCUGGGGGCCCGUGUGCAGCAGUUGACUGUAGAGGCUGAAAAUAGUAAUUUACAACGUCAGAAAUUGUCUCAGGAGAAGACUGAGGCAGAGCUGCGCUACCAGGACGUCUGCUCCCAACUCCAGGAGCUGACAGAAAGGUACAAGUUACUUCAGAAAGACAAGGACCAGACUAUGCAGGAAUACAAGGAGAACCUUCAGCAGCUACAAAGCAAAUUUGAUGUUGACAGAGAUUUUCUGAAGCAGGAACAAGCUCAGCAGACGUGUGGGGUGAUUGCAGAGUUACGCUGUGAAAUGGCUCUGCUGAAACAACAAUUGCAAGACUCUGAACAUCAGAGGAAGCAACAGCUGAGGGAACAAGAGUGCAAGGUUCAGCAGGACAAGCUUCGCCUGCAGCGUGCCUAUGAGAAACAGAUUAAUGGCAUUCGGAGUGAUCUGGAUAAAGAAAGAGGGAAUGCUCAGAAGAAAAUCCGCCACCUGGAACAGGCUCUGAAGGAGAAGGAGGAGCAGCUGAGGCGGGUGACGGAGGUACAGAGGCUGCAGGCCCAGCAGGCAGGCGCUGCCCUGGAGGAGUUUAAGCGGCAGGUGGAGCUGAACUCAGAGAAAGACUCUGCUGAAAUGAAACAGCGGAUGGCAGAGGUUGAAGCAGAUCUAAGCAGAUCAAAAUUGCUGCGGGAAAAGCAAGCCCAGGAAUUCUCCUGGCAGUUGGAUGAGAUCAAGAAAGGAUAUGAACAACAGAUAGUGGAGCUGAAGCUGGAGCAUGAACAGGAGAAGACGCACCUAUUCCAGCAGCACAACACAGCGCAGGACUGCCUGGUCCGAGACCAUCAACGGGAGAUGGACAAACUGGAGAAGCAGCUUCGCGCUGCCAUGGCAGAGCACGAGAGCCAAACUCAGGACUGCAGGAAGCGAGACGGCCAGGUGAUCUCUGGUCUGGAGAACCAAAUCCGCAAGCUGAGGGAGGAGCUGAUCCAGGCAAACGCCCUGAGGAACCAUCAGCUGCUGGACCUGAGCCUGCAGAGGGACGAGGAGAAGCUGAAGGCAUCUCGAGACAAGGAGGAAGCGCUGAACAGCCUGAAGAUGGAGAUGGAAAAAGUGAUCUCAGACCUGAAGAAGAGGCACACGGCAGAGACAGAGGCAGCCUUGAAAAAGGCCAACAGGCGGCUGAAGCAGAUGGAGGAGGAGUUCAGCCUCCAGCUGGCCAGGUCCGCGCAGGAGAUAGCUGAACUGAAGGCAACCAUUUCCUUCCUGACAGAGGAGAGCAGCCAGCGGCAGAUUGUGGUGGAGCAGCGGCUCCAGGAAGCUGCGCAGAAGUUGGAAGAUGAGAAGCAGCAGCUGAUGACAGAUAAUGACAGAGCAAUCAAGGCCUUGCAGGACGAGGUGGAGAAUUACCGUGGGCAGGUUUAUGAUGCUCAGAGGAGGCUCCAGCGCAACGAGCUGAAGGCCCAGGAGCAGUUGGUCACUAUCCGAGAAGAAUAUCAAAAAAUACUCAAAGGGCUGCUGCCAGCAUCUACCAGAAAGGAAUUCGAAGACACCAUUUCAUCUUUAAAAUCUCAGGUAAGUUUUCUGCAGAAAAGAGUCCUCCAGGAAGACCCGAACGCCUGCCACGCCAAAAAAAGUAGCUGAUGGACCGGUGGGAUCUCUGUGAUUGCCAAAUGGACUGCUUUGAAUAGGUUUGAAGAUUUGGCUCUUGUAAAUUAUAAAGAUUAGUGGUUCUUUUGUUAGCACAAAAAAAAUGAACUUCAUGAAAACAUAUUCAUAGCUCAUGCCAGCAUGGAUUUUGUUGUAUCUUCCUUCCAUUAUUUUUUUAUCAUUAUUUUAUUACAGAUUUAUGCUUUUGAUACAUGGUUUGAUGCCACACUGAGCUUGCUUACCAAGCAAGUAGGCUUUGCUCUACUAAUAUUUUUGUUACUCCUUCCCAAUACCAUUUUUUUCACUUUCAAACAUGAAGAAAACCCCCAUUUUCUAUUAUUAUUAUUAUUAUUAUUAUAUUGUCCAAGAUAUUUUAACAUAUUUUGACAUUCCUCUGUGUCCAUGUGUUUACAUAAUAUUAAAAUAUUAUUAUUUUCUUA